UUUUCUGCCUUCCUCUGUUGCUUCCUCCAAGGAUUUGGGCCCCUAUCAUCCACUUCCACCGCAGUCAUCACCAUUUCCCACCUCCCCCAUACUUCACAACCUAGGACUUUAAACAAUUACCCAAUUCCCAGCUUUCAAAUCUCUUCCCAUUUUCUCACCACUUCUCUAUAUAAACCCCUCUCAAAACCCAACUUCAACACGCCAAUUUUCAUCUAUUUCCAACCAAAAAAAUGUCUCCUCCUCACAAAGCUUCGACAAUAAUGCUUCUACUCUCUGUGUCCAUGGCUUCUGUAAUGGCCGUCACCGCCGGCAACUUUCUCCAAGAUGUGGACGUCACUUGGGGUGGUCCACGUGGCAAGAUACUAGAUGGAGGCCGACAUCUCACGCUCUCUCUCGACAAAGAUUCAGGCUCCGGAUUCCAAUCCAAGAAGGAGUUUCUAUUUGGAAGAUUCGAUGUUCAAAUGAAACUCGUUCCCGGAAACUCUGCUGGCACCGUCACCACUUUUUAUUUGUCUUCGCAAGGAGGAUCACACGAUGAGAUUGACUUCGAAUUCUUAGGCAACACGUCGGGAGAUCCAUACACACUUCACACCAACGUGUAUUCUCAGGGGAAAGGAAACAGGGAACAACAAUUUCACCUUUGGUUUGAUCCCACCAAAGGAUUUCACACCUAUUCUAUCGAUUGGUCACCAGAAAGCAUCAAGUUUCUAGUGGAUAACAUUCCUAUAAGGGUGUUUCACAACUGGGAAAAGAUUGGUGUUUCUUAUCCCAAGAGCCAACCCAUGAGAGUUUAUUCGAGCUUGUGGAACGCAGACGAUUGGGCAACUAGAGGGGGGCCAGUGAAAACUGAUUGGGCACAAGCACCUUUCACAGCAUCAUACAGAAACUUUAAUGCCAACGGGUGUGUUGCAUCAGCUGGGUCAUCAUCGUGUGGCUCCAAGUUUUCGAAUUCUUUGCAAGGUGGAGCACAAAGUGAUGGAGGCCAACUAGAUGCGAAGAGUAGAAAUAGAUUGAGAUGGGUGCAGUCCAAGUUCAUGAUUUACAAUUACUGUACUGACCUCAAGAGAUUUCCUCGAGGCAUUCCAGCUGAAUGCAAGCGCCCAAGGUUCCUGUGACAGAUGUUGCACACCAAGCUCCAAACCCAACUGCUGCUCCUGUGUCUCCAAUAUUAUUGUUACCUCCUCAGGAUUUGGUUUCAUAUAAUUAUUUGUUCUUUCUGCAUAUAAAUUUGUUGUUGUCAUUACUUAU